CACCGGCCGAGUAACCGACGACGAACCCCGCGAUCCCGUUCCACCCCAACAUCUUCCGUCCUCUGACCCGCAACAAGUGUUCACCGACAUAAAACGCGUACACGCAUUGGCGAUCCCGCAGUGGUCACGCAGGCCGAGUUGUUUCACCGUAAGUCCCGGACAGUGUUCAUCAGUUAUAGAUUUCCGGAUUUUGUCUAAAUAAUACAAUAAAGUAUAAUGUGUCACUAUAAUGCGUAUGAUACGCAGAAUAAGAUAACAUGAGGAUUUAUGCCGUUCACGGAUUUAAUUCGUUCCUCUGGCGAAAUACAUUUCCAUAUGCCACGUAACCCGCAAUCCUAGCGGGGAACUCAGUGCAUUUUCAAUAGCGUGUCAGAUAUAAAUCAAUAUUCCAAAACACCGCGGGAAGAGCAAAACAAAUCUUACAAAAUGAUACCCACAAACGUCAUGUCAUUCAUCAACAAGAUCGUGCCUCCUGUGCCAGAAACUAACUCGGGGUCUGAAUCAUCAGUGCCGGAACAAGGCACUAGAUUUAGUAAAAUCAGGCAAACACUGUCAUCAAGUUUAAUGACAGCACAAGACAAAAUGACCACCAAGCUGAAUAGUGCUAGUAAUCGUCAGAAUCCGGCAGAGAACAGCCCUACUUCUAGUCCAGCGUCUCCGCCAGAAGAUAAUACAAAUAAACAACCGACUACAGCAUCCAAACCAGAAAUGGCCAAACAACCAGCAUGCCGGUCUGGUGGCUGCCGAGUUUGUUUAAAAAGCUUUAAAGAAGGUGACUACUCACGCGUAUGCUCCGGGUGCAAGUUCAAGGUGUGCGAGGACUGCGCAACCUCGUAUACGAAGAUCGGCGAAGACGAGAACACUUGGUGCUGCAGUAUUUGCCGGCGCAAACAACAAAGUACGUCGAUAUUGCAACCGGUGCUGACGCAAAACUCUACCGACAGCUUGUUGGACGUGCCCAUAGCGGACACGCUACAGCGGCGACAUUCGGACGUGAAAAUUGGACGCAAUUCCGGGAACGCCGGGUCCGGGAACGGAUCACUGGGAUCGGGAUUGGCACCACCACGGUCACCCGAGCUCCGGCGGCACUCGGACGUGUCACCCGCCACACUGAAGGACAUGGAAAAAGCUGCAGCUGCAUUGAAAGUAGGCGAUAGGAGCCGUAUCACGGACGACAAACUGUGGAACAGGGACACAGGACUCAGACAGAAACGAGGAUCUGCCGGCGCAGUAGUUGGCCAAAGUACGAAUCAAACGCAGCCCACAGUAUUUCGGUUUGACACUCGCCGAGAAUCAAAAAUAUCCAUACCUGCCGAUGAUUCUACGGAUGAUCCUGACGACGCGGAAAAUCGUUGGAGGAGAGGAGCACGGGGUGCUGUGCAAAGGGUAAGAAGAAAGUCCAGGGUGCAAAAACAGCAUAGCUAUGACGAUGAUAUGAAGCCCGGCGUUGGGCAACAAGGAGGACAGGGUGUCACUUCGACUUUGACUGCUGAGGGACAAGCUCAACUGCCGAGACGAGCAUCAGCGUACGACGUUUAUCAAAACCGCGUGGAUCAGCAGCAGGGUUCGUCGCCGGCGAGUCGGAGGUCCAGUUUCCGGAUACAGCAAGACGAUGACGUAAGCAGUGGUGGCGGUGUGCAGCAAAAAGAUCAGUCGCAAAAUCUGGGAAUGAACAACGACGAGGAAUGGAGGCCACGGAGACGUGGUUCGCAACUGCCAGACAUCAGCAACUUACGGUCCGCCGCCGAGUCCAGAGGAAGUCGGAGCUCGUUUUCCAGCAGGGGUGGUGGAGACAGUCAACAACUGCAACAACAACAACCGCAACAGCCACAACAGCAGCCUCCACCCGUCAUCCAAGAAACCGAGCAGAACGAAACUGUCCGCAGACAGCCGUCGGUAGCUGGCGAGGAGAUCAAGAUAGUCAUACAUGACGUGGAUUUCGACCCCAACACUAUGGGUGUUCGUUCAGGAUCCAAGCGUAAAGUAAUAUUGAAGCGUGACCUUACAGACAAAGCUCAUCGAACUCGAGGAUUUGGGAUGAGAGUCGUGGGAGGUAAGAUCGGCCCGGAUGGACAGAUGUUCGCGUCGAUUGUGUGGACCGUUCCGGGUGGCCCAGCAGAAAAAUCUGGUCUACAGCAAGGCGAUAAGGUCCUUGAGUGGGCUGGCAUGCCGUUGGCCAAUCGCAGUUUCGAGGAGGUGUGCGGUAUCAUAGACCGUUCAGGUGACGUGGUGGAGCUGUUAGUGGAACAAGGAUACGAAUUAAGGAUUUGCGAUCUACUCGACGAGCCCGGACCAAUGACGUCUAGAAAGAACUCUGGUGAAGCUAUGGGUUUGCAACUAGAUGGUUCAGACUCUCCGGCGUCCCCGACGAGAAGAAAACUACCUAAGACUCCGACGUCUGGCAUGUCUCAGCCCAUCCCCGAAGAUUCCAUUCGAGAAAGAAACAUCAUUGGUGGUAUUCAGAUGCAAGUCUGGUACAGGGACGGGAAAAACGAAUUGUCCAUAUCUGUCUUGGCAGCCAACGGCUUGCAGAUGAGAAACGACGCUGAUUAUGGUUCACUACCAGAAGCAUAUUUGCAGAUAAAACUUCUUCCGUUCACUGUGGAGACAAAUAUUGUAAGGACUGAAGUCGCAGAACCAUCACUGAAUCCCAUAUGGAAUACCACGCUUGAAAUGCCAAAUGUUCGUUCUGAGACACUAAUCGAAAAGCAAAUGGAAGUCAUACUUUACGAUUACAGACCAGACAAAGAGGACGUAAUAUUGGGCGAGUUUGUAGUCAAUUUACAAAAUGCACUUUUAGACAACGCAAUGAUUUGGUAUGAAUUGGAGUCACCGAAUCAUAGCAAAGCCUCUAAAUCACCAAGAAGUUCAAUUUCCGAAACUGGGAAAGGAGGAUUAAGGGGUCAAAUCCGUUCAGUAUCUGAAGAACGUGAGCUCGAUGGAUUCUUGCAUCCAGAUCACGCGUAUAUGGCGAACUCUCGACGAGGGUCCAGCCAGUCUGAGCAGUUGGACGUUGAACCAUAUCAAUUGAAUAAGGAUUUCUCUCGGUCGUUACCUGGAUCUCGUCGUAGUUCAUUCCAAUCAAUACAAAACACCGACAAGGAUCCUGAGCUAACGACCACUCCCUACACGAACAGGAGUCGACGCAGGAGUUCAUGUACCCCCCGACAAGACCCAGACGAGAUCCUCAAAAAUUUGAAAGCCGUAAAAGGAGAGUUACUUGGUCGAAGUAUGAGCAUUUGUGGUGAUAAGAGAGGAAUGCGAAGGGGUAGCCUAUGUAUGCGACCACACAAAGAGUCUGUUAUGGAAAAACCCGAACCAACGUCUAAAUACGAAGACGAACCAGUUGGUGACCCUAUUCGAUUGGGUCCGGGCCAAAUUAUGCCACGUGGAUACGGCAUAAGUUCAGGUUGUCAUAUUGAACUUAAACUAGGAUUACUAAUGACCAAAGGUCAGCUCGAAGUUGACGUUGUGUGUGCGCGAGGAAUUAGAGCCGAAGAUUCGCCACCAGAUACUUACGUGAAAACGUAUCUUCGAGAAAACGACCGCUGGUUGCAGAAACGUAAGACACGCGUGGUCCGACACAACUGCAAUCCGGAAUACAACCAAACACUUCGAUAUUCUGCGUGCGAUGUGUUGGGCAGGUCACUGUUGGUAAUGCUUUGGGAGAGGCAAAAGGGCUUUGAGCACAACCAAGGAUUGGGAGGGGCUGAAGUCACGCUCGACGCUCUGAAGCUGACACAGGUCACCGAAGGAUGGUAUCCGCUUUUCCCUAUACAGAGUUUAGGCUCAGACUCCAACGACUCUCCGUGACGUCAUGCCAUGAAAUGUCAUUUGUAAUUAAUAUCAAUUCCACGGAAGCCACCCCCACCUCCAAGCACUGAUAUCUUGGGAAAUGUAAUUACGUAUGAACUGUGUUCUCUAUAUUUUUUUGUUUACCAUAAUACUAUUGUGAUCCUGCAAUGUACAUUUCGUACCUACCCAUUAUUUAGCUCCAAAAACUUAUUAUAUGAUAUCAUUGAACUCAUAACUGUAAAAAUAUCGAAAGUAGAUAUAUUUAAAAAACUGCAAACUGUAUGAUAAAAACAAUUUUUUUCUACAUUUCGUCUCAAAGUAGGGAUAAAAAUCGUUUUCUUUAUAAUAAUUUUCGAAUUUUAAUUUUUAUAGUUUCUAACAUAAACUAUUAUAAAAAGUAUUUUAAUAUUUUUUCAAUUUUACUGAACUUUCAACAUAUCCAUCACUAAUCGAAGGGCAAUCGACGUUAAAACAUUGUUCAAACUACUUAUAUAUAAAAUAUUAUUAUAAAUUAUGUGAAAUUUUAAUUUUCAAUAAAUAUUUAUUUAAAAAAAAAUAGUAAUGAAAUUGACAUUUAACCAACUAUUACGUUUGGUAAUUAUAAUACUAUAAUAAUCAAAACCGAUAUUCGAAAUUACCUAAUAUUUCAUUAUAAAUUACACACUACGCGAUAUAGAAAAAUAAGUUUAGUCGUCAAGUGAACUAAUUAAAAAUACAUAAACACGUUAGCAUACAUGAUAUUGUUGAUUAUUAUACCUGUAUUCAUAAUCUUAGCAAAAUAAUACCACGUAGACAUAUAAAUAUUUAAAUAAAACGAAUAUGCUUUAUUUAUAGAUCAUUUUUCAACAGAUUAUUAUUUAAAAUGUACAUUCCUUUCAUACCGAUUAAAAUAUUGAAAAUUUAGUUGUUUCUA